UUUAGAUAUUAAUUUUUAAUGGUUAAUCUCCGUCUCUAAAAAAGAUUAGCAGCCACAUAGUUGAAGGUUGGUGUGAACAGAGUUUGGUUGGAUCCAAAUGAAGCUAGUGAAAUCAGUCUGGCAAAUUCAAGAAUGUCAAUUAGAAAAUUAAUUAAGGAUGGACUUAUAAUGAGAAGAUUGAGAACAAUCCAUUCAAGAGCUAGAGCAAGAAGAUUCCUUGAAGCCAAAAGAAGAGGCAGACACACUGGUACUGGUAAGAGAAGAGGUACCAGAGAGGCUAGAAUGCCAACCAAAAUACUUUGGAUUCGUAGAUAAAGAGUUUUGAGAAGAUUAUUAAGAAAAUAUAGAGCUGCCAAGAAGAUUGAUAGAUAAUAAUAUCAUGAAUUCUAUUUGGCCUCAAAGGGUAAUCAAUACAAAAACAAGAAAGUGCUUAUUGAAGCAAUUCACGAAACAAAAUAGGAGAAAGUUAGAGUGGAUAAAAUUGAGAAGGAACAAAAUGAUAGAAGAGAAAAGAACAAAGCCUAAAGAGUCAAGAAAACCUAAAGCAAGUUCGCAGCUGAAUGAUGUUUAAAGCAUUUGCAUAGUACAAUAUAUAUAUCUAUAUAAUUUCCUACAUAUUAA